GAAAAGGGUGGACGGAGCUGCCGGCUCCAACGUCUUCUCCAUGUUUGACCAGUCCCAGAUCCAGGAGUUCAAGGAGGGGAUGGAUCUGGCUGUGCACCUGUGCAGUGAGAGCCCACUGGGCUGGGCAGUGGGAGUCAGGGGUCCCCGGGCCGGGGUCACCCCGCCACUGUCCCACCAGGCCUUCACCAUCAUGGACCAGAACCGGGACGGCUUCAUCGAUAAGGAAGACCUGCGCGACACCUUUGCCGCCCUGGGCCGCAUCAACGUGAAGAACGAGGAGCUGGAGGUGAUGGUGAAGGAGGCGCCCGGGCCCAUCAACUUCACCGUGUUCCUCACCAUGUUUGGGGAGAAGCUGAAAGGCACGGACCCCGAGGAGACCAUCCUCCAUGCCUUCAAGGUGUUCGACACGGAGGGCAAAGGCUUCGUCAAGGCUGACUUCAUCAAGGAGAAGCUCAUGACGCAGGCCGACCGCUUCAGCGAGGAGGAGGCCAAGCAGAUGUUUGCGGCAUUCCCGCCAGACGCCUACGGCAAUCUGGAUUACAGAAACCUGUGCUACGUCAUCACGCAUGGGGAAGAAAAGGACUAG